AGCGAUCGUUAUUCGUCCUGCCAGCAAGGAACUUCUGUAAUAAACAAAAACGCUGUUUGCUGGUACAUUUCUGAUCCUGUAAGUGGAAUGGUUCAACUAAAGAGUUGCAAAUAACAUGAGCAAAAAUGUUGCUCAAAAUAGAGACAUAGAGCAUGGUCGAAGAACCAUGCCUUCAGAGCUACGUCGUGACUUAGAGAUUUUGCGAAGAAUAUUGUUGCGGCUUAGUGCUUCAAAAGAUGACUCCUCUCCAUUGUCAGUUUUUAAGGCGUAUGAAAAUGUAUUACGAGAAAACGGGCUUAGUCCUUCUGAAAACCGUUACUAUAUUCGUGUUUUAUUCCGUUUGAUUUCUACGAAGCGAUACUCUUGGGAGCAGGAAUGGAAAAAUUUGAUGUCAAGAAUGGGGUUUUCUCACUUGUCAUCAAGUUUACAAGCUCCAUUAACUUAUUCUUCGAAUGAAGUUUCUGACGAUCCAUUUACCGUUCACGAUUUGAAUAAUAAAAAAUCCGAUUUUCAAGAAAAGGAAAAUUUCAGAAUCGGUAAUAAUUUUGCUACCAAUGCUGCGAAAACGAUUAAGUCGCUUUCAGCAAUGUCUCGUUUGGCAGACCAGUUUCGUUCUAUUCGUGAGCAUCAGUUGUUAGCGACAACCUUUUAUUAUCUUCUUGAUAAACACAUGUAUCAGAAAAAAAUAAGUACAAUCUACGAGCGAAAAUCCACUGCUGUACAUCGCGCUUUUUUGUUGCUUAAGUAUUUCCCGGCGUGGGUACAAAGAAUGCGCCAGGUACGGGAAGUCAUGUAUACAGCUGAAAGCGCAUAUAACUUAGUUGUCCAAGAAAAUUUUAUGUACGCAUGGCGUAAAAAAACGCGAGAGGUAUAUGCACGAUACAUUGAAGAGCAAAGAAAAGAACUUCUUCAGAAAACUAUCCAUCAAUGGAAUAAACUAGCAAAUAAGUGGAAGGAAAAGCAUGAACGGAUUCUUUUGUUGCGAUUCUUUAUUCAGUGGAAGCUUCGACGGAAACAGCAAUGUAAUAAACGAAACGAAGCAGUGAACUUUUAUUAUUAUUCUCUAUGUAAAAAUGGGUUGCGGAAAUGGAGAUUAAAGUUCAGCAUAUCCACUGUAAGAAAAGCUCAGAAAAAGGGUGUAUUAGUGAAUACAUUUGUGAAAUGGCAAAACACUCUCGUGAAGAAACAACAGCUAAGAGAUAAAGCAAACUCUGAAUUUAUCAGCAAUUCUAAGAGAACUUAUGUGUUAAAAUGGUAUUCAAAAGCUUCAAAUCACUAUACCCUAUAUGAAGAGGCUGAUGAAUAUUAUUAUGGCUUGUUGCUUCAAAAAACGCUUAUUUACUGGAAGUCAAAGACGAGUGCAUAUGAGAAACUUGACGUUUGGACCAAUGAGCACGAUGUGGAAAUACUAAGGGCUACGUUUAAACGUUGGAGACACCAGUUUUCUCGAAUAGUAGAUGGCCUGCAACUUGCAGAUUAUAUUUUACAGGACACCUUUCUGACAAGGUGGCGAUUAGCUAUAAAAACAAGUAAGUUUCAAAAAAUGAGAGACUACGCACUCUUGGCUAGGGUUUAUAAGUUUUGGCGUAUCAAAGAGAAAGAACGUGCCUUUGGGUAUCAUUAUAAUCAGCGACUGGUGGUGAAAGUUUGGGAUGCUUGGGUCGACCAAACACAAGGGCUUCUAGAAAACAAGGAAACUGCAGAAUAUCUUUAUCAAAAGCGCUUAGCAAAGACAGCCAAGACUUUUAUUUUAACUUGGCGCAUGAAAUUACUGGAACAUGAAGAAUUGCUUAUCCAUGGCGAUGAUGUCCAUGAGAAAAAAACUAAAUUAAACGUUUGGAACAGAUGGAAGUACAUUAUGCAAAGAAAAACUAGACUUCGCUGGAGGGCUGAUUUGAUGUACGACAAAAAACUUGUGAAACUAUCAAUGAAAAUAUGGAGAGAUGUUUGUGAAGAAGAAAUUACCAUAAAAUUGGAAACGAAGGUAGUUGAUUUUCAAGCGUCAAUGACUGAGAAGCUAGUAGAUCGUUACUGGAACAUAUGGAUAGAAAAGGCUAUGAAUCUUUCCACACUUGCGGUGGUGGCCGAUCGGGCACGGCAGCGAGUAUUAAUAAGGGCUUAUGAGACGUGGUCCUACCGACACAAUAAACUGAAAGAAAAAGUAGAGCGAGCAGAACAUUUCUACAAUGAACGAUUAUUACGUUCCGCAUCAAUAUUUUGGAGAUAUCAACUGCGGGCAGUACAGUUUUUGCAAAAUAUUAGUGAAUGGAAGCGACGGGAAUUUGACAGAGGAAUUAUGCGCCGGACGUUUGAUUCUUGGAAUCUGUUGACAUUCCGCGUCACGAGCCAUACAAUGCAAGCCGAGCGAUUUUACCAACAAAAACAAAGCAAACUUCUGGGUAAGAUGUUUCGAAGGUGGAUUCAGCGGUAUCAUGUAAAUAUUGAAGACUCAUCGAUUUUGGAAAACUCUACAGGUAUUGACGAUUAUUCCAGUUCGAUGCAUGCGUUUGACACAACAAUGCCUAUGCAAUAUGAUAGUGUUUUGGGGACUCCGGCGAAUUUUCAGCGACAAUGGAAACAAGAGCUGAAAACACCCAUUUCUAGAUUCUCCAAAUACUUGCGACCUAUACCUCCUAAAACACAAUAAAACUCUUAUGCUAUACUAAUUUUAAUUUCGAUAGAAUAGUCCAAAUUUACAGUAUGAAAUAUUAGCUUUCGUAUGCAUUUUAAAGAAGGGAGACUACAGUUAUACUCCAACCGUAUCAUCAGUGAUAGUAAUACAAGA